UAAUAAUGAUAAUAAGGAAAGCGAUGUAAAAGGGAUUCAGUACUGUUUAUAAUUUGAAAUAAUUUAGACAUUAAGAAAUCCCAUAAAAUGUAAGUGUAGAUAGAGAAUUUGGAGACACUAUAUUAUAAAAUGGAAUAAGGGUAUGUACAGAAUUUUGGCCAUCUGAAUUAGCACAGUAAUAAUAAUAUUGAAGAUAAAAGCAUUACAAUUUAUAUUAAAUGUGGAAGUAGAAAUGAAACAGAAGUAACAAGUGGAACAGCACAUUUUUUAGAGCAUUUACAUUUCAAGGUAGUGAAGACAACUAAAUAUUAAAGGGAACUGGUAGAAGAAGUAGAGAUCGAUUGGAAUGUGAUGUUGAGAAUUUUGGUGGAUAAUUAAAUGCUUAUACUUCAAGAGAGAAUACAUCAUAUACAAUAAAUGCUUAAAAAAAUAAAGCUGAAAAUGCUGUUGAAAUUUUAGGAGAUAUGCUUACAAAUUCAAUUUAUGCUAAAUCAGAUGUAGAAAGAGAAAGACAUACUAUCUAUAGGGAAUUAUUUGAAACAAGAAAAAUGUAAUUUGAAACUUUGAUUGAAAUAUCUCAUCGUUCAGUAAGGAUUUAUUUGUGAUUUUAAAGGCUUACAAAAAUCAUUAAAUGUCAUUACCAAUCUUAGGAAAAAUUUAAAACAUGUAUUCCAUUACUAGAGAAAUGAUUACAGAUUAUCAUAAAAAUAAUUAUUAUGGAGAAAAUCUUAUUGUUUGUGGAGUAGGUAAUAUUAAAUAAGAAUAAUUAUGUGAAUAUGUUACUAAACAUUUCAGUAAAAUUCAUAAGAACAAUUAAUAAAAUAAAUAAGAAAUUCCAGUCAAUUUUUAAAGUGAAGUAUUUUUAAUGUAAAGUGAAUUAACAGAAGAUAUAAAUGUAGGUUUAUUUUAUUAAGGACCUGAAUGGACUGAUCCUCAUUAUUAUCAUUUUUUAAUUUUAUAAAGACUUUUAGGAGAUAAACCAUCUAAUUUUUUGGAAGCUGCAAUAUUUGAAUAAUCAACAUUAAAUUCAUUUUAAAAACUUUUAUUAGAUUAUCCAGAAAUUACAACAUAAAAGGCUGUUUAUACUCCUUAUAAAGACACAGCAUUAUUUGGUAAUUAUUUUGUUGUCAAUCCAAAUUAAUUGGAUUCUUGUAUAGAAGUAUCUAAAAGAAUUUUUGAAGAUUAUGCAAAUUAAAUAUCUUCUGAAGAAUUGUAGAGAUCAAAAAGAAGAUUGUUUAUUGAAUUAUGUUAACAUGAAACAGGAAAUGAUAUUUCAUAAGCUAUAGCAAAUUAAAUUCUUUAUUUUGAUAGAAGAAUUUACAGAUAAGAAAUUGCAUAAAAUCUAGCAAAUUUGACAGAAAAAGAUAUUUAAAAUUGUGUUAAAAAUUGGAUAUUAAACAAAUAGCCAUCAUUAACAAUUUGGGGUAAAAUUGAUCCAGUUUUGAAAAAAUACAAAUUUGAUUCAAGUUAAGUUGGAACACACUGA